GAGUAGAAUGGGGCAGUGGAAUGGGAUGUCUGGCAAUCGAAUAAAAGGGGAAGGAGGAGCGAUUUCGCGCGUUGAGCGGAUACCGAAUAAUUUUCAAAGAGAUUCGCGAACCGCACCGUCGUUCCGAUUAAUCGGACAGAUAAUUAAACAGGCGAGUCCGUCCAUCGAAGCCUAACGAAAUGUCCGUCAUGGGAAAGCCUAUACUAUACUCCUAUUGGCGGAGUUCCUGCUCGUGGAGGGUACGAAUCGCGUUGAAUUUAAAAGAAAUACCGUAUGAUAUAAAGCCAGUUAGCUUGAUAAAAAGUGGUGGAGAACAGCAUUCUAAUGAAUUCCGUGAAAUCAAUCCAAUGGAGCAGGUACCUGCGCUUCAUAUCGACAAUCACACAUUGAUAGAAUCUUUAAAUAUCUUGCAAUAUUUGGAAGAAACAAGACCACAUCGACCGCUAAUGCCUGCAGACCCUGUGAAGAGAGCCAGGGUCAGAGAAAUUUGCGAGGUGAUUGCCAGUGGCAUUCAACCUUUGCAAAAUCUAGUUGUCCUGAUCUACGUUGGGGAAGAACGUAAAAAGGAAUGGGCUCAACACUGGAUAACCAGAGGUCUAACAGCUGUGGAAAAAUUGCUGUCCUCCAGUGCAGGGAAAUACUGUGUCGGAGACGAAAUCACGUUAGCAGACUGUUGCUUAAUACCACAGAUAUUCAACGCCAGGAGGUUUCUCGUCGAUCUGAGACCUUUCCCGACGAUUUUAAGGGUAGACCGUCAUUUAGAGAACCAUCCUGCUUUCACUGCUGCUCAUCCAAAUAAUCAGCCCGACUGUCCUCCAGAGGCAACCAAGUAGCAAGCAAGGCAGACCACCCUCUUCCUUUUCUAAUUUAGAAACGGCAAGAGAGGUGGUCGAAUCUAUCAUAGUUCCACAGUGGCAAAAGGUGAUCCGACUUUAUUUCGAUUAUGUAUGAAUCUUUAUUUACCGUCACGAUGAUACUUUUCGUGAUCUAAAUAUAUUAGUUACUAUCUGUACUAUUUUUUAACUGUCUGAUCGAAUGAAGCUGUUUUACUUUCGUUGGAGCACGCACCUUUUAUCACUUACGAACUAUCGACGCCUUCUAUUCAUAACAUGGUAUCUCAGUGGAACUCUUACCAAUAAUUCGACACGAUCAUAACUCGAAUACUGAUGGGACGUCGUAUCAGAGCAAAAGUUAAUGCCAGAUUUUUAGUACAUCAAAUCUGAUCGUAUUUAUGUCCGCCGAGAUACGAUCUUCUGAAUAAGAAGCGUCGCUACGCUUAGGUACCGAAAUGGUAGAAACAGCGCACAGAUAAUUUUCAAUCGAGUUGUAUGCUGUGCCAUCGAUCUCCAGCGUGAUAGAAUAAAACAAACACUGUGCCAUUUCUGUACUUAUCCAGGAGAUAAGGAUGUUGGCCUGUUUUUCAUUUUGUUAUGUUUUCUCAUUGGUUUUUAUAUACAAAACAAAUCAAAAUUAACAAAAUUCGUCUUCGUACAGUACUUGCGAUAUUAAUUUGUAUAACGUACUGACCUAUUCUAAAUAGGCUCUGUUGUCUCAAGUGAAAAAGUUUACUUUUUAUACAUUCUACGAAUAAUAUAAUUUUUCGAUUAAUUUUAGCUUAUAGAACUAAGGACAAGUGUUGCUAUUAGGAUAAUAUUGAAUAUAAACAUGAAAUUCUUUACCGAGUAGCAGAUUUAACAUCGCGAUCGUACGUUAUUCACGCGCAUAUUGAACAGAUGGAAAAGGAAACGUGUAAUAAGGGAAUGCAGUCUGCUCAAAACUCCGUAUAAUGAUAUUGAGGAAUGAAAAGUACAAAUCAAAUUCCUUUUUCUAAAGCUUUUACCAUCGGAUACGUUUUAUUUCACCCUGCAAAGUGUCUCGUCGUCGGCGGUUUCAAAUAUAAGACGCGAGGUCAAUUUGCAUUUCACAUACUCGGCGUUUUAAGAUCAUAGACAUAAGAGCAUAGAUCGAGCGUUCAAUAUAUUUUUCUUGACCCCGUAAAUGAUAGGGAAACUAUGCUUCGAAUGAGAUUCUGUCUCUCUCUUUUUCACAUGCUGAUAGAAAACAAUUCUCUCGAUUCUUCCGUUCGUUUUCCUUGCCUCAGGCCAGGUUUAAGCGGUUGAAGCCCAGCUUCAAGUCUUCUACUCGGUCUAUUCUCAUAUGUCUAUGCGUGAGAUAGGAAGGUGUGCUCGAUUUUGAUACGUGAUAUAAACUCGUGACAAGCGCGUGUGUCAGUAAUUUUCUUAAACAUUCCGCAGAUAGUAUAGAAAAAGGAAAUAAUGUAGAAGCCUCAAAUGUAGUGUAGGAACCGUAUAGAAAAUUUGUAAGACAUCUUUACCAUCGUCAACAUUGAGCACACACAACGAGACUUCACAUAUAUUUUUCGCAACGUGUAAUCUUUAUAUGGAGAUACAUUUUUUAUCGCCUAUAUUUUAUAACUUCCAUAUAUUUUGUAGUUUUAUACAUGAACGAUACGUUUAUUGCGCGACGAAGGCCACUAACGUCAAUAACUUUUAUCUAUCGGCAUCGUUCCUUAUUGCCGGGUUCCUUCUUGCCGUUAUACUUUCCACGAAAGUGAAGAAACGGCUUCGUACGAUGAGAAAUUCCAAUUAGCUUGUCUCUCGCUUCUACUACGAACGGUCGUUUCAUACCGCGUGAGAAGAGAACGAGGGGCGGGGAGGGGGGAUAUUUGUUUGCAUGCUUCUUCCAAGUAGACGAUUAGAGAUCGUUUGUAAUUUAUAUUCUAAGGGGGGGGAGAGGGAUAGAAGGAGAGGAAAGAACAGAGAUAUACAUUUCAUAUUUAGACGAGUGCAUUAUGCAAGCGGGUGAUUAGAUAAUAAUGUAUAUAUAACUUUUAUACAAGACAAGUUCGAGUGUUGCAUGCAGACAACAGUCUCCACUCGGUGAGUCGCUAGAUCCUCGAGAGCUCGUAUGUCUUACAAUAUUAUAUUAUAGAGUUUAUAUAAAUAUAGUACGCACAAAGAAAGAAUGCAAACAAGUAACACCCUUCGAGCAUGAAUCGCACAAAAUGAUUUCUUCCUUUCCUCGUCGACUUCACGACGCGAUGGACAGCUGACGUUGUGAUUGUAUAAAGGAGAGCCUGAUUUUCGUAUUUCUUUUUCUCUGACGCGUGAUGUAUCGUAACAAUUAUAAAUGUACGGCGCAGGAGAAAUGGACAAUUUUCGUGAAGGAAAAACGAACCCAUACCUUUGGCGUAAGGUAACGAAAAUUUGUCAAGUGUACAAAUAUUAAUUGCAUCGGGCAAACAGUCGAUUCGGUGCGAUGAAAAUGAAUUCUCCAUUUCUCUGGGGAUUAUUUUCUUCUUCAAGUGAGAAUAGCUGUACGUUUAGCGUACACCGCUUCUACCCAUUGCCAGCUUGUUCGCGGAUACAUGUAACAGUAAUGAAUCAGAGGAUAUUCGUUUACUGAAUAAAUGAAACGAGAAAUUAUUGUAUAGUCGAACAAACUGAGGGCGAUGAGUUCAUUUUUACCAAUGGUCCUAAGUAGACUUUGAUUAGCCGUAAAACAUGUUUGUAAGAGGAUAUGCGAGACCUCGUAGAAUGAGUAAACACGGAUCAUGUAUAAAUAAUAACAAACGAUACUUAAUUAAGGAAACAAAAAAAAAUAAAAUACAAAUGAUUCACCGGUCUGAUACGCAUAGAGUAUUUUGUAAGUGAAAACGAAUUAUGUACGUUCAUUGCUUAUGAGGAAUAAUAAAUUCUGUGUCAUAUAUAUAUAUAUAUACACAUAUAUAUAUAUAUAUAGUGUAUGUAUAUUGCUUUGUAGAUGCGAAGCUAACGAAAUGCUGUCAAACAAACUGCGAGUACAUUUGUGAAUGCGCACUCGAAUAAAAAAAGAAUACGUUUUAA